AAUGUGACAAUUUAUUUUAUUUAUAUAUUAUUUCUUUAACUUACUAUUUUACAAAUGGAAGAGACACCAGAGACUCAGUCUGUAACUUCAAGCAGACCUCGUCUCAGAAACGUGAUGUUAUCGAAUAUAAGUGUUAUUAGAAUAUCUCUAGAGAAUGUGAAAAGUUUGGAAAAACUGAUUUAUUCAAACGAAACAUUUAAUCUAUUUGGAAGUUUAAACAUAGAAAAGCUUGUACUAAAUUCAUAUAUUGCUUUGGGCGCUUUGGAUGAGAUAAACAACAAACUAGUAGGUGCAUUAUUGAUAUAUACAUAUCCUAAUGUACCCGUCAUCCCUCCUUGGGAAUGGGACCAUUGGCUAAAGAAAAAGUAUGGUAUAUACGAUGCAUUGCCAAGAAACACACUCUUCGUUCAUUUUGCUGCAUCUGUCCCAGAAUAUCGAACGCUCUUUUGGAGACCUCUUAUAACACACUUGUUUAAGAUGAGAAAUUUUUUAAAAUAUUGUAUUAUCGUCAUACCACCUGGUAAACAUAAUUUGGAUUUUUUGGGGGAUAUGGGAGUUAAAGUUUUUCCUAAGGUUGUAAUAAAAGUUAAAGGACAAUAUCUUUAUAUGUUUUGUCGAAAAGAUUUUCAAAUACAAUACAAAAUAAGAAAAGCUGUUGAAGAAGAUAACGACGACCUAGUGCCACUUAUUGAAACACAUUCUAAAAAAUUAACAGAGUUAUAUGGUAGAUACUACAUUGCAGAAAUUUUAAAAAGUGGAAAGCUCUUGGGAAGACAUAUUAUAGUGGCUGAAUAUCAAAACACAGCAGUUGCUGUUUUAAUAUUAAACUCUACAGUAAAUUAUCAGGUAUUAAAUGAAGAUUUUGAAUUAGUACCUUAUAAUGGGCUCAAAAAGCCACAUGUUGAAGACAUAGCAGAAUCUUCAUUAGAUUAUAUAGCCAAGUAUAGUCUGGAACAAAUUCGACGUUUAAGGCCAUCAGAAGACGAAAUACUGGAUAUAAUAGAGAGACGAUCAGAAAGGUCAGAGCCCACUACCGAAAUGGAAGAUGAAGAAGUAUUUAUGACAGUCUCAUUAACUGAAUCUGAUGAAUUUUCACUUGUAUUUACUUCAGCUUCCAUGUUCGUUUUUCAAGAAGAGGAAGAGAAAUUAUCCUUGAAUUGGAAUUCUGUUUCACAAUCUGUUAGUUCUGAAGCAUUACUUAGUCAGUAUUUAAAUAUUCAAGAACAAGACGCGCAUGCCGAUGAUAAUAUGAUGGAUUGGGUGUCAGGAUAUUCAGCGUCAAAGGGUAUGGCACCGAAAAUUCCAGAAUUUAAAGGAGAAGAAAACGCUUUUUCGUUAGAAGUAGCUGCGUGUCUUCCCCAACAUCAAUAUGGAUUAAUAAUGCUAUUUGAAGCCGCUUUUGAAUGUUUUCAUGAGCGAGAUUAUUGCGUUAUGGCUGUACCAUCAACCACAAAUAUCAUUAAGCUUACAAAGUAUUUCGGGCGAGUUGUACCAAGAUGUAUGGGCUCAUUUCCUUCCGAACUAUAUGUUAUGCAUAAAAGUACUAUAAUGGGAGAAAUAACAGUAGAGCUUGCUUCAAAUGUUCACGAGAAACAAAUAAAACAGUUAUGCUCGACAAUUUCUAAUGGUUUGAUGGCUGUACAACUGUAUGAAAAUUCUAUUUCCAAUACGAAGAGUUUAUAUUCUUCGUUUGUUAUGUUAUGUGAUAAAGAAGUCGUAGGAAUUGCCAUUGUAUCAGAAGAAAUUGAUCUGGAUUAUUUAACUUCCCACUAUAAACUAAGCGAAGUGCAUGCAAGCUCAUUUUCUCCAGGAAGUCAUGGCAUCAUUGAAAUUUUUGUGAUAUCUCCGAUUUUUCAAAGACAUGAUAAAUUUUUUCUGAGAGACAUACACCGAUUGUGCGAUUAUUCAAUACUGUUUUACAGGCAUUCGCCUUACGACAGUUCUGAAGCUUAUCGAGAGAGACCACUAGUAAAUAAUAUACAAAACUUGCUUCCAGUAUUACCAAUUAUGCAGCCUGAAUUUGAUAUUGGUCUUUUAAAAAACGAAGAAUGUGCUCCAUCUGACGUAGUAACUGACAAAAAAGAACCAUUUGCUUUAUAUGUAUCCACGGUUAAUCUGUCAAGUCUUUCUCGGCAAGUGAUAAAUACAAAAAUAGUAAUUGUUGGUUGCAGUCACACAGCUUUGUCAUUUAUACAGAGUUUACUGUUCAAACAAACUACUAAUCAAAUGGUUACAUAUAAUAAUAUUACCAUGGUAUGUCCAAAUGGGUUAUCGCACAAAAAAAUAUCAAAUAAAAUUAAAGAAGGAUUUAUGGUAAAAAAGAAUUUUAUGGAUGCAAGAUACAUGGACAUGAUAAGUCUAAAAACAUAUGUCAAUUUUGUUCUUGGGAAAGUUACAAAAAUAGACAGAAAAGAGCAAUAUAUAAUUAUCAACAACGACAGUUUUCUGCCCUAUGACAUGUUAUUUCUAAUGAUUGGGGAGCAAUUCCAGAAACCUACAAGACCAAAUAAAAUUCCUUUCCAAGAAAGUCCAGAUAAUGUUUUUGUUAUCAAUAAUGCUUUAGAUGCCAACCAAGCAGUUACCAAAUUAAGACAUUUGUAUCACAAAGGCAACGACAGGAAUUACGUCAUUAUUAUCUAUGGCCAUUUCCUCCAGGCGCAUGCAACCAUAAACGGUCUUAUAAGUUUUGGAAUUGGUGGACACCAUCUGGUUCUGGUGGAACCGUUUCCCUACAGCAUGGCUUUAGAAAAACGUCAAAGACACAACGUGUCGGUAUACAACAAUCCUGAAAUAGAUGCUGUUGUUUAUGAUUGCUUAAGAGAAGAAGGUGUAAAGAUAUAUUCUUCAUACUACUUCAUUGAUUGGACAUACGAUGCAGAGAGUAAUUACAUUACCAAAAUUAAAUUUGAAUCAAGACAUAAAAUGCUGGAAGUUGAAUGUAUGGCCAUGUUUGUUUUUAACGAAAAGGAAAUCAGUCCAAGAGUAUACAACGUUAUUAACAAUGCAGGAUUAGUUUAUGAUGGUAGAUUAGUAAUAGACAGCAAUUGCCAAACAAAUGAUCCAAGAAUAUUUGGAGCAGGAACUUUAACAAAAUAUUCAAGAAAAUAUUUUGCCCCAAAUAUGGCUCAUAAAUACUACAAUAGAGUUGAAAUUGGUAAAAUGUUGGGUCUGCAAAUAUCCCAAAUAUUAAUAAGGGAAAAGAAGAUUAAAAGCCCAAAUAAAAUGGCUGGUUGGAAUUUUCAUAUAGAAAGAGGAGACUCACUUGUUCCAAGAUACACACAACCUAUUAUGAGAUACUGUAGACUUCCAGGAGGCUUAUAUUACUUAUCAAUUACAAAACCAGGAAAAAGAAUUCCGCUGGAAACUGCCGUUUGCAUGGACAAUUAUGGUCAAGUUCUAAUCACAGGUAACUGCCGAAAUCUGUCUAAACAAGGAUAUUUUCAGUUACAUCUUAAUGAAUUUAAACGAGUUGAAACGAUUACCUGCUUGCACAACAAGUCUAUCGACACCUACAAUCUUCACUGUCUUUGGGGAAAGCAUGAACGGCUCUUAAAUAAUUUGCUUUUACGGUUUGAAAUGGUUCUUAUUACGGAUUUGUUUGAAUAUUUUAGAGAACCUUGGGCAUAUGCCCUUUACCACGAAGAUUUUCACGAUCUUCUGGAAGAACUAAAUAUGUUAAUGACAUCAAGCGUGAGUACAAAUGGUCGAGGAUCCCUAAUAAAUGAUCUCAUUAAUCUUUAUAAACAAAACAAAUGGGAUAAGAUAUCUCAGGAAUCUAAGGAAAUACUUGAAGAAAAAUUUAAGAGACUUGGUUAUCCUAAAUAUAUCGAACGAAAAGUUUUAAACUUUAUUAAACAACAUUUAGAUCUCCUUCCGAUGUAUGCACAUCCCAUUAUCAUCAAAGAUAUACUGAAAAACUACGCAAACAGUCCCUUAUUUACAUAAUUUUAUGGUUUUUAAUAAACACAUUAUAAUAU